UAAAUUUAUUUUAAUAAUUAAACAAGUUUAGUAAUUCAAUUAAGUAAAAAAUAUGGAUAAUACUAGAGACUAGACUGCGUGAAAUGGCAAACUCGCUUUCUAGUGAUGAUUCAUCGAGUUCGGAUAUAGAAAUUUCUUGUGGAAAUUUACAAAGUCUCACUGCAGAUCUAUCUAUUGACGAUUUCAAUGACGAAGAUCUUAGCGAAAUAACAGAAGAAAAAACUCUUCGUCACAGCUUCGUAAAUGGGCGAUACAAGAAACAUAAGGUAAAAAUGUCACCGAGUCAAAUCUCAGAACAUAUGAAAAAAAUAUCACCAGACAUGAUUCAGCUUGACUUAUCUGGAGAGAGUCCGAUCGACAACAGCGGAGUGGUUUUAGAAAAUGGAAGAAAAUCACAAAUUUCACCACCGAGGCCCCAGACGCUGAACCUAUUUUCUGAAUCAACCACCUAUGGCAGUUCUACUGCAAGGAAUGGAAUCAGGAGCAAUUGUCCAAAUGGAAGAGUAGUACAAUCCACAUCGCAGGACAGUCUCCACAGUCGGGUGCCUUUGAAAACAAGAGAAGACUCAAAAAAUGAAGCGAAUCGCGAUGAAAAUAACAUAAAGGAAAAAUCGAAAAAUGAAAAACAGGAUAAAAAUCGAUCAGACCAAUUCUUGACAAGAAGUGCUUCAGAAUGGUCGAUUGAUGAUCCAGAAAGUGUGGAAUAUUGUUAUUUGAAUGGAGAAAUAAAGAAACAAACACACGUUGCUGCCUUCAAAUUUGUUCCUAGGCACUCUGACGAGCUGAAUUUGGAGAUAUAUGAUCCAAUCCAUGUAGAAGUGCAGGCCGAUGAUCUUUGGUACGAAGGACUGAAUAUGAGAACAGGAGAACGUGGUGCCUUUCCAUGUUAUUAUGCCCAGAGCAUUGUAAGCUACCUGGAUGAAUUAACCGUAUGCGAAGAUGAAGUUUGGGAAAGAUUCUUUUUGUAUUUUAUUGGAUCAGUGGAAGUACCAUGUCACAAAGGAAACGAUGUUUUAUGCCAAGCUAUGUAUAAGGUAGCUGAAGCCAGGCGUGAAACUUUACAUUCAAGUCCACCAGCUUACGUUUGCCUGAUGGUCGGAACUCGAGGAGUUAAAAUGAUUGAUCAGUCGGAUUUGAAAUAUUAUAAAUCGAAUCGGACUACCAAUGCUAAUCGACACCGGUUGUUUAGCUCAAGCUGCAAGGUAAAGCAGCAGACUCAUUUUUUCCAGUUGAAAAAUGUGUCUUUCUGUGGUCAUCACCCACGAAACCAAAAGUAUUUUGGAUUUAUCACUCGACAUCCAACUGAAUACCGAUUUGCCUGUCAUACCUUUGUGAGCGAACAUUCCACAAGACCAAUCAUCGAUCAUUUCGGGAAAACGUUCAGUCAGUAUUUCCAAGAUUACAUGGAAUUUGUUCAACCGUCCGAUGAUAUUUACUUGGAGUAGAUUUCUAGGAGUAAUUUAUAAAUAAAUAUUCUAGCCACAACAUCUAAAGCGCUUGGGGUUUGAUUGGAUUGUUUUUCACUUGAAACGUCAAAAUUCAUUGUACUGUAAAUUGUAAUUUAGUUUGACAAUGUUCGAAUAGACCAUUUCUGAUAGAAAUUAUUUGCACUUUCCGUCGUAUAUAUUAUUCUCAAAUAAAUUGAUGUUUAUUCGGCCAUGAACCACCAUUUCACAAUUGCAAAAUUUUUGAUGCUCAUUUCAAGACAAAAGACCGGCGAGUUAUUUGAUUUAUGUCUGUAUUCACGACACAUAUCUAAAAAAUGGAUGGCCAAUGGGAGUCUAUACAUUAAAUGCGAACCAACGUUCACAACCAUAGCAGUUGUAUUGCACAUGUAUGUUCCUGUCUGCGAAGGCCAAUUUAUACGAAAUAUAGCUUUAUGUUAACUGUUAUCAAGUGAUCUAAUCUGAUAUAUAUUUAUAUAAUGUCGUUAGAAUAAUAAUACUUUAUAUUAUAAGAAAAUUUUUAUUCGUCUUUGUGUUUGCAUGCUACUUCGUAUUACCGUGAGUUUACUAUUUAUAGCAUGCGACAUCUAUUCGUUUUAAUUGUAUAUCGCAUUUAUCGACUUUGUUUUAUGAUUGAUUGGAAAGUUGGAACCCCCAAGAAUACAAAUGUCGACUUCUCAUUUACGUGUGUAUUCACACAAACAAACAACCCUCUGAUGCGUUUGAAGAUAUAUCGCCUUCGUCAAUAAAUUGCACUUUUACCAUACAGUAUUUUUAUGUGGCAUAGUUGAUAUAUGUGUAGUUUGCUCAGAAAAUAAAUUUAAUUAAUAAGAUAUAGGUACCACAGUGUCUUCUGACAAUGUACAAUGUGAAAAAUUGUACAUAUGAAAAAUUAUGCCGUUUGUUCUCUCUAUAACCUUUUCAGUGUAUAAAUAUACAAAUAUUUGAACAUUUAUUUUGCUUAUGGCAAAGGUUGUUCGGAUUAUAAAGGAGCGAGCUGCUUGGUGUUCGCAUAUACAUUAAUUGAGAAAACUAAUUUCAUGAACUGUGAUAAUAAAUCUUUUCUUUGAAUGUA